AUGAAGGUUUCCGUGGUUUCUACACUACUCCUGGCCAGCAGUGCCAUUGCCGGCCGCAGUCCUCAGCAUGUCAACAAGAAGCUACCUGAGCGUGUACGCAGCGUGCCUGCUGGUUUGCCUGCUGUAGGUCUGGACAAGAGAGCUGCGGCAAAGAAGAAGCACCAUAUCAUUCCUCAGAACAAGAACACAACAAAGUACGCCGUUGAUGGCACCAAGAUCCCUGAUGUUGACUUUGAUAUUGGCGAGAGUUAUGCCGGCCUGAUGCCCAUUUCUUCCCAGCAGAAUGCCAGCGAGCUUUACUUCUGGUUCUUCCCUUCAGAGGACACUCAUGCAAGCGAUGAGAUUCUUAUCUGGCUUAAUGGCGGUCCUGGUUGCAGCAGUCUGGAAGGCCUGCUGCAAGAGAACGGGCCUUUCAAGUGGGAUUACGGUAGCUCUCCCUCGGCGUGGUAG